UAAUUAAUUAUGAGAUAACUUCUUCUGCUCAAGUCGGAUCGGAAGGCAGUAUCAAUUUGUAGUUGGUCUGAUCUGAACCAGUAUCAAUUAAUGGAUCCCAGGAAAGCCCAUAAAGCCUCUUCAUCCUCACCAUCCUCCUCAUCAAAACGUUGGGAGUACCACAUAUUCUUGAGCUUCAGAGGUGAAGACACGCGCAAGGGCUUCACGUCACACCUUCACAAGGCAUUAGAAAGCAGGGGAUACGAUGUUUUUAUGGACGAGGAUGAUCUACAAGUAGGGCAAGUUAUAAAACCAGAACUGUUGCAGGCAAUUGAAAAUUCCAAGAUGUCUGUAAUUGUCUUCUCAACGAGGUUUGCAGAUUCCAGUUGGUGUCUUGAUGAGCUAGUGAAGAUCAUGGAGUGUAGAAGAACACUGAAUCAAAUCGUUUUGCCAAUAUUCUACGAUGUGGAUCCUUCAGACGUCAGGCAUCAGACUGGUACUUUGGCAACUGAUUUUCAGAAACAUACCAUCCGACAUAAAGAUGAGGUGGUAAAGGAGUGGAAAAGGGCUCUUACUGAAGCUGCGAAUUUGUGUGCCGGGGUUCUCAAAGACACUGCGGACAGGAACGAAGCAAAGUUUAUCGAGGCAUUUAUUGAGAACAAUAUUAUCGGAUGGCUUUCCACAACUCCCCUACCAGUAGCCGCCUACACGGUUGGAGUCGACUCUCGUGUACAUGAUAUGAUCAGUUAUCUUUUAGGUAGAUCACAAGAUGUUGUCAUGAUUGGAAUUUGGGGGAUGGGCGGACUGGGCAAAACAACAGCUGCGAAGGCCAUUUAUAAUCGAAUUAAGGAUAAAUUCGAAGCUCAUGGUUUCCUUGGAGACAUUAGGGACACUGCAAAUAGACAUGGUCUUGUUUAUUUGCAAAAACUACUUCUUGCUGAAAUCUACAAGAAACCGACCAAAUUUCACAUAAGUUGUGUUGAUGGAGGGAUGGGUAUGAUAAAAAAAGAACUUGGAUGUAAAAGGGUACUUGUAAUUAUCGACGAUGUAGAUGAAAAGGAGCAACUCAAAGCGAUAGUUGGAAAUCGUGAUUGGUUUGGCUCUGGAAGUAGAAUUAUAAUAACUACUAGAGAUAAACAAUUUCUAGACGUACUUCGUGUGGAUAAAACUUUCACGGUUCCAGAAAUGAAUCCAGAUGAAGGUCUUGAGCUCUUUUGUCGGCAUGCCUUUCAAAAAGGUUGUCCUAAUAAACGAUAUCUUGAACUCUCGAAAAAGGUAGUUUUUUAUAGUAGAGGUUUGCCACUGGCACUUGAAGUUUUAGGCUCUUGCUUGGUUGACAGAACCAUAGCAGAGUGGGAAAGCCAAUUGGAGGAAUUGGAAGGAAUCCCUCCUAAAGAAAUUCUAAAAAAACUGAGAAUAAGCUAUGACGGUCUAGAUCGUAACGAGAAGUGUAUAUUCCUUGAUAUAUCUUGUUUCUUCAUUGGAAUGAACAAACACCAUGUCAGAAAAAUAUUAGAUGGAUGUGGCUUUAAAGCAGAAAUAAAAAUCAGUGUCCUCCGUAAGAAGUGCCUUCUAACUGUUAAUGAAAAGAACCAGCUAAUGAUGCAUGAUCUACUUCGAGACAUGGGCAGAGCAAUCUGUCAAGAAGGUGACCCAGAAGACCGGACUAGAUUGUGGCUCAGCCCCGAAGAUGCGACAGAUGUAUUGGAAGACAAAUCUGAAACUACAAAAGUUGAAGGACUUGCCCUAAAUCUGCGAAGCUUGGAAAAGGCUAGUUUCGGUACUAAAGCAUUUCGCAAAAUGACCAAACUGAAAUUGCUCCAGCUCAACUAUGUAGAGCUCACCGGAGAGUACAAAUUUCUUUCCAAAAAUUUAAGAUGGUUGUGCUGGCAUGGAUUCCUUCUAGAUUCGAUACCAGGUGACUUUGAUCUAACAAGCCUAAUUGCUAUGGACCUGCAGUUUAGCAAACUCAAAGUAGUUUGGAAGGAUUGCAAGUUGCUUGAGAAGUUGACAAUCAUUAAUCUGAGUCAUUCUCAUGAUCUAACAACAUCACCAGACUUUUCAAAAGUCCCAAAUCUCGAGGAGUUGAUAUUGGAAUGCACGAGUUUGUCUGAUGUCCAUGAAUCCAUUGGUGAUCUCAAAAGACUUGCUUUGGUAAAUCUUGAACACUGCAGAAUGCUUAAAGAUCUCCCACUGAAUUUAUAUAGAUCCAAGUCUAUUGAAACUCUUCUACUUAAUGGUUGUUCAAGAUUUGAAAACUUGGCUGAGGGCUUAGGGGACAUGGUAUCAUUGAGAACUCUGGAAGCAGACGAUACAGCUGUAACAAAAGUACCAUCUUCCAUAGUAAAAUUGAAGAACCUGAGAUCUUUAUCUCUAUGUGGUUUGGAACGGUUAACUGGCUUUUUGCCCUAUUCUUACCUGAGAUCUUCAGGUCUCCGUGGUUUGGAAGGGUCCCAACCAACUGGUUUUUUGCCUUCUUUGUUAGAUGGCUUAAACUCUUUAAGAAAAUUAGCUCUUGCAGACUGCAGUUUAACAGAUGAUGAACUCCCUGAGGAUCUCGGGAGCCUAAGUUCCUUAGAACAUUUAGAUUGUGGACAAAAUUCUUUUUGUAGACUGCCAAGCCUAAUUGGUCUUUCAAAGCUGGAAUAUUUGUGUUUAAAUGACUGCAGAAAACUUCGUGCAAUCCCAGAAUUACCGACAAAUCUGAAAGUUCUGAGAGUGUUAGGCUGCACAGCAUUGGAAACAAUGCCAGAUUUUUCAAAAAUGUCAAGUAUAAGAGAACUGUAUUUAUCUGAUUCGUACAAACUCACUGAGAUUCCUGGCCUGGAUAAGUCAUUAAACUCCGUGACAAGGAUUCAUAUGGAAGGCUGCACCAAACUCACCACCAAUUUCAGAAAGAAAAUCCUACAGGGAUGGACUUCUUGCGAUGUUGGAGGCAUUUAUCUUGAAGGGAUUUAUGGUAUUCCUAAGUGGUUCAGGUUGGUCGGUAAUGAGUACAAUGAAGUGGAUUUUGAAGUGCCCCAAAUUUUCAGUUGUGAUUUAAAAGGGUUAACGUUGUGUUGCGUUUACUCUUCAGACAACCCAAAACCAAAAGAUGGUCUUGGCAUUACGGUUAGAAAUAUAACGCAGGGAACUACUUUGCACACCUGGCCAGCAAUUGCCUCUGUAAAAACAGACAGUAAACCUGUAGAAUAUUAUCUUUGGCAGGGACAACUAUCGAACGAUAGGCUCAGUUUGCAAGGUGGGGAUAAAGUCUUGCUUUCUGUAUUUGCUACAGUUGAUUUUGUGAGAGUGAAGAAAGCAGGGGUCAAUCUAGAAUGGGUCAAAGUUAUGAAGGAAAAUAUGGAUGAUUCGGAUCCUCAUCUGUAUGAUUUGGACCCAAAUCCUGAUUGGUUGUCGAGAGCUCCAGAUGAGGCAGGACCAAGCCAAGGCGAACCAUUAAGAGAAUUAGUUCUUGCAAGCUGCAAUUUAACUGAUACUGCAAUCUACAACGAUCUUGGGAGUUUAAUUUCUUUAGAAUACUUAGAUCUUCGAAAAAAUAAUGUUCUUAGCCUUCCCUGCCUCAGUGGUUUGGUAAAACUUGAGCAGUUAUAUUUAAAUCAUUGUAGAAAUCUUCGUGCAAUCCCAGAUUUACCAACAAAUUUGAAAGUUCUGGAAGCAGCUGGCUGCACUGGAUUGGAAACAAUGCCAGAUGUUUCAAAAAUGUCGAACAUGAGAGAACUGUAUCUAUGUGAUUCGUUCAAACUCACUGAGAUUAUAGGCUUGGAUAAGUCAUUAAACUCCAUGACAAGGAUUCAUAUGGAAGGCUGCACCAAUCUCACUGCCCAAUUUAGGAACAACAUCAUGCAGGGAUGGGCUUCUUGCGGAUAUGGUGGCAUUUUUCUUAAUGGAAAUGAUAUUCCUGAUUGGUUCGACUUUGUCAAUGAGAAUAACUUUGUGUAUUUCACUGUGCCUCAAAGUGAUGGUCGUAGUUUUACAGGGUUAACUCUGUCCUUUGUUUACUCUUUAGACCUCGAACCUAAAGCUCCAAUUACCAUUACCAUUACAAAUUUUAGCCAGGGUACUGAUUUUGACGCCUUGAUGACACAUGCCUCGCUACACUAUCUCUGGAAACCUGAAGAGCAUUAUCUUUGGCAGGGACAAUUAUCAAAUGAUGUGCUCCAAUUGCAAGAAAUGGACAAAGUCCGAAUUCACAUAGUACCUCAUGAUGAUUUUGCCAAGGUGAUGAAAACCGGGGUUAAUCUAGUAUGGGAUAAACUUAUGAAAGAAAAUAUGAUUGAUUACAAUAUUUGUGGGUAUAAACAUCAUCCAUCUCAAAAUAUGGUCAAUGAUUAUGCGGCUUACUCAGUUGGAAUUACUUCUCGGGUGGAGGUUUUGAGUAAUCACUUAGAUUUUGAAACUUCAGGUUCUAAGAAUGUUCGCAUGAUUGGUAUUUUGGGGAUGCCCGGCAUUGGAAAAACGACGCUUGCCAAAGCCAUUUAUAACAAAUUUGAAGGUAGCUUUGAAGUUAGGAGUUUCCUUGCAGACGUGAGGGAAGUAUUUGCAAACCAACGCAGUAAUGGUCUGGUUGGUUUGCAAGAACAACUUCUAAAUGAUAUCUUGAAAGGAGAGGGCAUAAAGGUUGGAUCUGUUGCUAAAGGGAUUGAUAUGAUAAGAGAACGACUUUUCUGUAAAAGAGCACUUGUCAUAAUUGACGAUGCAGAUGAUCUACAGCAACUAAAAGCAAUAGCUGGAGCUCGUGAUUGGUUUGGUCAUGGAAGUAGAAUUGUUAUAACAACAAGAAAUCAACAUUUGCCAGACCAAGUUGGAGUGGAUAGCACAUAUAUGGCUCAAGCAAUGGAUGAAAAAGAAGCUCUAGAGCUCUUUAGUAGGCAUGCCUUCGAAAGAAGUUAUCCUAAUCAAGAAUAUCUUGACCUCUCAAAACGUGUAAUUCGUUACUGUCAAGGUUUGCCACUAGCACUUAAAGUUUUAGGGUCUUUUCUAAAGAAAAGAACCACGACAGAGUGGAAAAGACAUUUGGGGAAACUGGAAAGAAGUCCUCCUGAUGGAGAUAUUCAAAAAAUACUCAGAAUAAGCUUUGACGGGCUACCUGAUCAUAAAAAGAGAGAGAUAUUCCUUGAUAUAUCUUGUUUCUUGAUAGGAAUGGACAAGGACUAUGUAACACAAAUAUUAGAUGGAUGUGGCUUUUAUGCAACGAUAGGAAUCAGUGUCCUAAUCGAACGGUGCUUUGUAACUGUCAGUGAGCAAAACAAGCUGAUGGUGCAUGAUUUGCUUCGAGACAUGGGAAGAGAGAUCGUUCGUAAAAAUGCCCACAGUCACCCUGAAAAAUUUAGUAGAUUGUGGAAACCUGAAGACGUAACAGAUGUAUUGAGCGAUGAAUCUGGAACUAAAAAAAUUGAAGGAGUUGUUCUACAUUUGGAUAAAAAAAUUGAAGGAGUUGCUCUACAUUUGGAUUUGGAUGUAGAUUCGGAUCUAGAUUCAGAUCUAGAUUUGACUAGAUUCAGUGCACAAGCAUUUACCAAGAUGAAAAAACUGAGGUUACUCUACCUCAGCAGAGUAGAGCUCACUGGAGAGUACAAAGAUUUUCCCAAAAACUUAAUAUGGUUGUGCUGGCGUCAUUUUCCUUUAGAGUCCAUACCAGAUGACUUUCCUAUGCAACCAAAACUAGUUGCUUUAGACCUGCAAUAUAGCAAACUCAAAAUAGUUUGGAAGGAUUGCAAGUUGCAUCAGAAAUUGAAAAUCCUUAAUCUCAGUUAUUCCAUUCAGCUAAGCGAAUCACCAGACUUUUCAGAACUCCCAAAUCUCGAGGAAUUGAUAUUGCAAUCCUGUUGCAGUUUGUCUGAGGUUCACUCAUCCAUCGGGGAUCUUGGAAGACUUUCUUUGGUAAAUCUUGAAGGCUGCAACAAUCUAGAGGAUCUCCCACUGAAUUUCUAUAAAUCCAAGUCUAUUGAAACUCUUAUACUGAAUGGUUGUUCAAGAUUUCAAAACUUGGCCGAUGGCUUAGGGGACAUGGUAUCAUUGACAAUUUUGGAAGCAGAUAAGACAGGCAUCGGACAAAUCCCAAGUCUCGCCGGUCUUUCAAAGCUCAAGGUCUUGUGUUUGAAUGCAUGCAGACAACUUCUUGCAAUCCCAGAUUUACCAACCUAUUUGUUUGUUCUGAAAGCAAAUGGCUGCCCAGAAUUGGAAACAAUUCCAGAUUUUUCAAAAAUGUGGGAUAUGAGAGAAUUGUAUCUACGUGAUUCGUUCAAACUCACUGAGGUUCCAAGCUUGGAUAAGUCAUUAAACUCCAUGACAAGGAUUCAUAUGGAAGGCUGCACCAAACUGACUGCCGAUUUUAGGAACAACAUCCUACAGAGAUGGACUUCUUGCGGAUUUGGUGGAAUUUAUUUGAAUGGAGUUUAUGAUAUUCCUGAGUGGUUCAAAAUCGUCAAUGAUGUGGACAAUAUCGUCUUCUUUGAAGUUCCUCAAAAAUCCAUGGGUCGUGAUUUAAAAGGGUUGACUAUAUGCUUCGUUUAUCUUGUUUUAGGCCCGAAACUUGAAGAUUCUGAAGGUCCUAUUGACAUUAUCGUUAGAAAUCUUACCAAACGAACUGCUUUGCACACCCAGAUAGCAUUUGCCUCCUUAAGAACUUACAGAAGACCAGAAGACCAAUUGUUUUUCUCAUACGGACAGGUAGACCAUCAUCAUCUUUGGCAGGGACAAUUGUCAAACGGUGUGCUCCGUUUGCAAGGCGGGGACCAAGUCUCCAUUCUUGUAAGGCCUCUAGUUGAUUUUGUGAGAGUGGAGAAGACCGGGGUUCAUCUAGAAUGGGACAAAGUCAUGAAGGAAAAUAUGGAUAAUCCGGAUCGUCAUUUGUAUGAUUUGGAAACAAAUCGGGAUUUUUCAGGGGGAGUUGAUGACGCAUUUUUCAGGGGCAGUGUUAUACAUGAACAAUUAGCAGUGGAACCAUAUCUGGAUUUUUUUGGGGGAACUGAUAAUGAGGGAGGACGGAGCCAUGACGCAUCUGUUCCCGGUGAUCAAAUGAGUGCUACAGUUGAAGAAUCAGCAGUGGAAGACAAUCCUUUUGGCAUGGCGGAUGAUGGAGCAGGACGGAGCCAUGAUGCAUUUGGUCGCACUAAUCAAUCGAGUGUUGUGGAUGAACAAUUAGCAGUGAAGGGGUGUUUCGGGUAUCUUAAAAAGUUUUUUAUUUAAUAUUUUCUUCAAUUGUUUUUCCCACCCACGUUGAUUGUGAUUGGUUGCCAAAGAAUUUAGUUGACGGGAAUGAUUUAAGAUUGAAUUUUCCCUUUUUUUUUUUUUUUUUUUGGCCAAAGAAUUUAAUUGCAAAGGAAAGGGUCGCAACCUUGAAUUGAAUUCU